AUGAGGAACUUGACAUUGAGUUUCUGUUAUCUUGAUAAAGAUAAAUCUAUGGCUAAUAUCCUCUCUGGAUGUCCAGUUCUCGAAACCUUGACAUUGUUUAUGUUUCGUGGUUUACCUGAUCCUCUUGAUCUGAGUAAAUCACCGAGUCUUAGGACAUUGGAAAUAGAUUGCAACUCUGGAACGCGUAUAAAUUAUAGGGACCAAGAACCAAUCAAGAUUGUAGGGCCGCACAUCCAUAAUUUGAUAUUGACAUGCUCUGAGGCACCAUGUACUUUAGUCGAUGUCUCUUCUUUGACCAAAGCUAACUUUGACAUUUCCAUUGCUGACAGAGCUUUUCUUCUGAACACUGAUUUUAUUCAAAUCAUGGUGCUAGAGAUGUUAGCAAAAUUGCAAAACAUUGAGAGGUUUUCUCUUGGGGGAAUAUUUCUUCAUAUUCUAUCUCUCGCCGAGUUUCGUGGAGUUACUUUCCCAACGUUCAAGGUCCAAACUUUGACUGUUGAAACCAAGCUUGUUCAGUCUGUUAUUCCUGGUAUCACAAGGUUACUACAAAAUUCACCUGGAUUAAAGAAGUUCAAGUGCGGCAUAGAGGAUAGUAACUUGGACAGCUAUUUGUAUGUACAAGGCUUGAAUGCAGAUCAAUUUUUGAGAUCAGGAUACGAUGAGGUGUUUCCUACUUCAGAUGAUUUUGGUUGGAUCAUGUGGAAUUGCCGUAAGGAGGAUAUGUGGAAACUCUUGGCUUCGUUCAUAAGAAUGGUGCUGAGAAACGGAAAGACACUAGAGACAUUGGUUGUAGGGUUGCAAGAUAUCAACGGCUUUGAUGAUGCGAAAUUGUUUGAAGAGUUGCUUCAGAUGCCUUCAGCACUUUCUAACAACAAUAAUGUCUCCAUUGUGCUCAAACGCUAA